AUGGCUUCUCUUACCAUGCCAACUCUCUCCUCCAACCUUGCCAAUUCCUCCUCCAUAGCACAUUUCAUCUCACUUGCAAAACCCACUCACCCAAAUCGCAAAACAGGCCCAAAACUUACAUGCAAUGCCACAAAAGGUGACCAAAACUCCAGUGAUCAUGACAUUGCCGGCUCCAAAAAUGGAGAAACUUCUUUACUGAAGCUUGAUAGAAGAAAUGUGCUACUUGGCAUUGGAGGAGGGCUCUAUGGUGCCUCCACUUUUGGUGCCAAUCCAUCAGCCUUGGCAGCACCACUAUCUCCAACAUUCACAGCCUGUCACGAUGCCACUGACCCCGACAAAAAAGAAAUCGACUGCUGUCCACCCUCGGCCACGGCCGCGGAUAUCACUGAUUUUGUUCCUACUGCUCCUUCUGUCAUCGCCACUGGACCUGCGGCGCAACUAGUCGACUCGACUUAUUUGAAAAAGUACAAGACGGCCAUAGAGAAAAUGAGGAAUCUAAGUUCGGAUGAUCCACGUAGUUUCACUGCACAAGCAAAUGUGCAUUGUGCAUAUUGUAACGGUGGAUACUAUCAAGAUGGCUAUGCAGAUUCUAAACUUCUAUUGGAUGUUCACAACUCAUGGCUCUUCUUUCCCUUUCACAGAUGGUACUUGUAUUUCGUCGAGAAGAUAUGCCAAAACAUGGUCGAUGACGAUACUUUUGCACUUCCCUUUUGGAACUGGGACAAUCCACCUGGGAUGUUUCUGCCAGCCAUUUUCAAAGACUCCUCAUCCCCACUCUAUGAUAGCUUACGCAAUCCCUCUCACCUAAAUACAGUUCUUGAUCUGUCCUACGAAGGCACUGAUUCAAAGUGUAACAGCCCCACCUUCCCCUAA